ACCAACCAUUCAAUUGUCUCCAAGAUGUCUACAAAUCUAGGGAAGAGAAAGCGAAAGGUCGGCGCAGUUACCGCCUCGAAAUCCAAAAGGCGAGAAGAGCGAUCGGGUAGCGAAGAAUCAGAAGGCGCGAAGCUAGAUGCGCAAGAAAUAUUUCGCCGGCAUUUUGAAGCGCAAUUCAAACCAUUACCGAUCGUGCAAAAAGCAACAGAGGAGGCAGAAGAUCUCUCAGAAGAAGACGAUGACGAAGAAGAAGAAUGGGGCGGAAUAUCGGAGCCAGAAGAGGGAGGGGUAGAAGUGGUUGAGCAUACAGAUGCGCAGACUCGAAUGGCGGCGAUGUCAAAAGAGGAAUUGAAAGCAUUUAUGGUAUGGCAGACUUCAGCCAUGAUAUCUCAAUCUACUAACAAUUUUCACAGAGUUCCAAAAUUCCAAAGAGCACACCUACAGUAUCCCUCAUUCGCGAUAAAUCUGGCACAAAGAUAGACGACGAAGAUGCUUCCGAAGAAGCAAGCCUGAAAAAAGAUCUUGCGCUUCAACGUCUCCUCGCCGAGUCCCACCUCCUCGAUUCCGGUAGUAACACGACAUCUAGUGGGACAAAUCGACAUAAAGCGACGGAUCUACGGUUACAGGCCCUAGGAUCUAAGGGUUCAAUAUUCAAACAAGAAAAAAUGCCAAUCGCACACAGAAAAGGAAUUGUCUCCAAGCAAAACGAGAAGGAAGACGCGAGAAGAAGAGAAGCCCGUGAGAACGGUAUCAUUCUAGAAAAGGCGAAAAUGAAGGCCAGGUCUGGUAACGAAGGAAAGAGGGACAGAGGGGUCGGUGCUCCCGCGGUGGGUAAAUUCUCCGGAGGAACAUUGAAGCUGAGCAAAAAAGACAUAUUCGAUAUUGAAGGUCCGAAGAGGAGUUCCAGUAGCAGAGGCGGAAGAGGCGGUGGGAGAGGACGAGGAAAAGGAAAACGAGGACGAUAGUCACUAUGAUACCCGAGUAUCGAACAAACAUAUACUUUGUCGACAUAAUGAUACUUUUACGAUUGCUCAUUUCCGCUGUGGAAGCCAAAGUUGUCCAAACGCGUUGCAACACUACGGAAUUCUUGAAAUUCGUCAUCAAAUACAGAUAGGAGAAGCAUCAGAUGAGCUGGGGAUGAAGGUUCCGAGGUGAUGUGAUAGUCAUACCGACGGGUGUUUGAGUGCUCGCAUUACACUAUUUAUCCACAGCUUCCACAAAACAAGCCAACCAGUUCUACCGAUUGGCAGAAACCAUAUAUGGUAGUCACCAACAAGGAGAAUGGCCCGGUUGA